GGAUUCGGAUCUGUUUCUCAUCCUCCUCCUUGAGAUCGAAUCGGAAAAUAUCAUGAUCCUUUUGGUUUGCGUUCGUCUUCAAUCUGCGAUUGAAGUCGACUUCGAUGCGAAUCGAGUAACAGAGCAUGAAUUAAUUUCAUGUGCCGAUCUGGAGCAUGAACUUGAAUGGAUCUGAUGCGAGAUCAUGAAUCUGAAGUUACUUUAGCUAAAAUUCCUUUCAAUUUAAGCGAGUUGAGGAUGAUGCAACCUGCUUUGUAAGCUUUGCUUGAAAUAUGGAAAUGGCAACUGAUAUGGGUCGAGCUUACUGUGAAUGGUCACAUGAUGAGAUGCCAGAUUGGAGCGAUUCUCGGGAACCGUCAAUUUCACAAAUUCUUGAUCAUGGAUCGAUAUCCUUUGGAAGGUUUUCAGUUGAGUCAUUAUCAUGGGAAAAAUGGUCAGUUUUCUCACACAAUAGAUGUCAAGAGGAGCUGGAGAAAUUCAAAACCCCAGGUUUAGUAGCCCAGAAGAAAGCGUAUUUUGAAGCUUAUUACAAAAGGAUUAGAGUGCUAAAGGCUUUGCAGGACCAGCAAACUGAGGCCACAUUGGAUGCUGGUGGUAGUAGCAGUGUCUAUAGCCAAACUAGUGAAGAAGAACACAACACUUCGCAAGUUGAAAAUACCAUUAGCGAAAUUGCAGUAACUGAACAGACCAAUCUAUGUGAAGGGAAUGUUAUUGAAGUUUCUAUAGAACAGGAAAUGCACGGUGAUGGUCCUCUGCUUCAAAACUUGGCGAUGGAACCCACAGUAUCAUGUCCAGAUUCAUCAAUACGAAGCAUCAACGAUGACAGUAUAGAAGAGAUUGAACAACAGAAAAAUGACUGCAUGAAUCUCGACGUUGAAGGGAUCCCAAAUAAAGAAGAGUGUUUGAUUGCUGCAAUUGAGCCUGUCACUGCUGCACCAGAACAGAUGGUGUUACCUAAGAAAAGGAAUUUGAACAAUACACAAACAGACAGUCUUGCCCCCAAUAGAGUUGAGCUGAACAAAAAAAGUAGCAAGGACGUCACAUCCAUUCCAAAGGCCAAGGGUGCUGCUUCAUUUAGAAAUCCUCGAAGGUCGAAACCUAAUUCUAUUCAUAAGGAACCUGUUGCUGCUUUAGCCAAGGACAAUGUGAAGUUGGACAGUAGAACCAAGACAGAUGUAGUUAAAUCUUCAAGGGGGCUCAGAUAUCCUCCCCAUAAGGCGACUGGCAAGGCAGAGAGCAGUAUCAGUUCAAACAAGGCAAAUUCUAAUAUGCCCUCUAUCAGCAACAGAUCUACCUCCACAUCUAAUUCAGGCAAGGCAUUUCCCAACACGGUCUCCAGCAACAACAAAUCUACCAAUGAUUCUAUUUCAAGCAAGGUGACUUCUAAUAGGGUGUCAGGAAGCAACAGAAAUACCUCCAUUUCUUCACAUAGACCACUCACUGAAGUACGCUCUAAUAUUACCAUUCCUCGCCCUUUUUCCCUUUCAACCGAAAGGCGAUCGACUGCACCUGCUAGCGCUAGAGAUAUCAUACAGGGGUAUUCUGGUUCUAAAUCCUCAAACAGAUUGGCAGGGUUAUCAGUUCACAAAAAAGGCAUGUCAGCCAUGCAGAACACUUCAAUGGAUAUGACCGCUACUGGUGGCAUGAAAAGCACAGGUUUAACAAACAGAAGGAGCCAUGAAGCUGUAAGAAAAUCUGCGGUGGAUAGCCAUUGCACAAUAACAAAGGGAAAAGAUAUGGAUGACCAAAGACAGAAAUCAAUGUCUACUAACCUGCCUGCUCGGAGUAAAUCAAAUCAGACCAGUGGAAAUGAAUCCAAUGUCAGAAGUAACAACAGAAGUGAGGUAAAAAUGGAAAGCAACCUCAAACAAUUCCGGCAAAGUUCAAAGCUCCUAGCUUCACUCUCCAGAACUGGAAUUCCAAAACCAGAUCAUAGAAAGAUCAUACCAUCACGUUCUGCCAAUCUAACACUCGACAGCCAGAAGUCUAGGCGAGGGACACCAUGUUGGCGAUGAAUUGUGAAUAUGAUGAGAAGGAAUAUUCCAUCUGAACAACCACACCCAUCCCGUGUGCACAAAAAGGCAUAUAAGGAUGAAAGAGAUAGCAUCUGUGGUGACCUGCAUGUUAUGGGCUGCUAGAACGAAACAAUGCAUCCAGUAGUGUUAUUUCAUCAUGUGGAAGAGUACAAAAUCUCCAUUUGUAGCUAAGCUUGGGCGGUCCUUUCAAAUGCAUUGCAAUAACAACUGUAAAAAAGAAGCUGGUUAGAAAGCCUAGAGGUGUAAAUCUUCAUCAUAUUUAUGAUGCAUCUGGUAAUAGUACAUUGAAUUUCACCAUAAGAGAUUCAGCCAAUCAGCCCCCUGUAGUGGAAGCACACCAAAGGUUCGUUUGGAUGCACUAUCGAAUUGAAUUACAAUUUUUAGUGUCA